AUGGACCAGGACCUGAGGAGGAGCUGUCUGGAGACAGGAGUGAUGAGGACCUGGAUUGAACCAGUGGUGGCCUCAGCGCAGGUAGCAGCCUCCUUCUAUGAUGCGGGGCUGUUACUGGUGGUCAAGAAUUACUACAACCUUUCCAGUUUCUCUAACCACACCAAUUCCUCCACUCCCAGGGGGGCCAAUGAGGAUGCUCAGCAGAAAGCCAUCUCCAACUUCUACAUCAUCUACAACCUUGUGGUAGGCCUCACCCCACUGCUCUCAGCCUAUGGCCUGGGAUGGCUCAGCGACCGCUACAACCGGAAAAUCUCCAUCUGCGUUCCCCUCUUGGGUUACCUCCUCUCCCGCCUCCUCCUCUUGCUGAAGAUCCUAUUGGACUGGCCAGUGGAAGUGAUGUAUGGGGCUGCAGCCCUGGCAGGACUCUCAGGGGGCUUCACGGCUUUCUGGUCUGGGGUCAUGGCCCUGGGCUCACUGAGCUCCUCUAAGGGCCGCCGCUCUGUGAGGCUCAUCAUCAUUGACCUGAUCCUGGGCUUGGCAGGCUUCUGUGGGAGCAUCGCUUCCGGUCACCUCUUCAACUUGCUUCGAGUAGGCAACCGUCAAGGUGUCGUCCUUGCCGUCUCUAGUGUGGGCUGUGCCACAUUUGCUUUCCUCUACAGUCUCUUUGUCCUUAAGGUCCCAGAGCCUGAGGUCAAGCCUAGUAAAGCCUUUGGUGUAGUGGACACCGUGUCUGGGACCAUAGGCACUUAUCGCACUCUGGACCCUGACCAUCCAGAGAAGAGGGGAGGGGUGGUGGAGCUUCCUUCCCUGGGGAAAGGAGAGCCUCGCAAAACUAUCAUUGCUCUGCUCUUUGCAGGGGCCAUCAUUUAUGAUUUGGCCGUGGUGGGUACAGUUGAUGUGAUGCCCCUUUUUGUGUUAAGGGAGCCACUGAGCUGGAACCAUGUGCAAGUGGGCUAUGGGAUGGCAGCUGGCUACACCAUCUUCAUCACCAGCUUCCUGGGAGUCCUGGUUUUCUCUAGGUGCUGCCGGGACACCACCAUGAUCAUGAUAGGGAUGGUCUCCUUUGGAGCCGGCUCACUGCUCCUGACCUUUGUGAAGGAAACCUACAUGUUCUAUAUUGCCCGGGCUGUCAUGCUGUUUGCUCUCAUCCCCAUAACGACCAUCCGAUCGGCACUGUCCAAGCUCAUAAAGGGAUCUUCCUAUGGAAAGGUGUUUGUGAUACUGCAGCUGGCACUGGCCCUCACUGGGGUGGUGACAUCCACAACCUUCAAUGAGAUCUAUCAACUCACCAUGGAUAAGUUCACGGGUUUUUGCUUUGCCCUCUCAUCCUUCCUUGCUUUCUUGAGCAUCAUUCCUAUUGGGGUUGUAGCCUGCAAGCAAGGAGAGAUCACUGAGAAAUGACUGAGCUGAUGUGCCUAAAACCCCAUAACCAGAAUCGCUUGUGGUGUGGAUCCCAUUUGAAGAAAAGUAGCUGGACCAGGGAAACUGAUCAUGAAAACUAGAGUGCCACCUGGUGGGGGGUCGGCCUCAUGAACCAGCUAUUUCAAAGGGUUCCUUACUGGGUGGAAAGAAACACUAUACUGGUGGAGGAAAACUUCUAUUUUCAAAAUUAAUUUCACAAGGAAGCUGCCAGAUUUUGUUGGUGAUAUAGAGAACUUCCCCAAGAAAGGUAUUUGAAAGACCAAAACUUGGGGGUAUUUCUCAACUCUCCUAUGAGGCCUUGGGUCAUAGAUUGGUGCUCAGUCUCAUCCACCAUGCUGUAGAUGGUUAUCCAGAAAUAGCUGUCUU